AUGACUGCUCUCCGGAACCCAAAGGGAACAGGCAUUGCAUCGAGAAGGGGGAUGGAGAAAAUCAUCUACGACUUCUACUCUGAUCUCUUCGACAGCCAUGUCUACUUCCCUCCUCACCAUCCGAGGGAAGAUGGAAAUGUCAUUCCAGAGGUUCUUUCGUCGUCGCGAAGUCCGGCAUGCUAUAAUCUCGGUAAGAAAUCGUACGGCACCCGGUCCCGACAGAAUAAGACCAGAACACCUGAAGAGCCUUCCGCCAGUACUCAUCAACACCCUGGCAAGGCUCUUUACACGUUAUAUGUCGGAAUGCAAGGUUCCUAA